AAAUAUUCUAACCAAUUUCGUUCAAAUUAGUUCUUCCACUCCCUAACUGACCGCACCCCACCAAAAAAAUCCAGGGGAUAUGGUGGGCCUAUCAACGCGUGCCGCCGAAGAACCCCCUUUAGGGAUUCCCAUUUCUCAUUUGUAACCUUCUUUUCUUCACUUCUUUCUUCCCAUUUCAACCCUUCGAAGAUCCAUCCAUGGAUGCCUUCCUUGUUCGUUAAUCGCUUCAAAACCCACUUACCACAACCUUCCAAUACCCACAUUGCUCUGUUUUUCUUGUGAUCCGUUUCGAUUUGGUGAUUGGGUUUUAAUGGGUUUGUAAAAUGGUGGGGAUUUGAGGGGUUUCUGUGGCUUGUGGAUGGAGUAUUGUGGGAGAAGAAAAUGGGGGGUUUUGUUGCAUUUGGGAUCUGUGAUUGAGUGCGUUUUGAUUUGGAGAAAAGGGGAAAUAUGUUGGAUUUUCCUGGGACUCCAGGGACUUUGACUGCCUUUGUUUUGAGGAUUUUGCAAUGCGUUUUUGCUGCUGGUUCUGUUGCUUCCAUGGCUACUGCUGUUGGCUUCUAUAACUUCACAGCUUUUUGCUAUGUGAUUGCAUCAAUGGGUCUGCAAGUGACAUGGAGUUUCAUGUUGGCAUUGUUAGAUGCAUAUGCAUUGCUAAGAAAGAAGAUGCUUCAUAACCCCAUUCUUGUCAGCCUCUUUGUAGUUGGGGAUUGGGUGACAGCAACCUUGUCUCUCGCCGCAGCGUCCGCCUCAGGUGGCGUAGCCGUCUUGUUCUUCAGCAAUUUGGGACACUGUAGUUUCGGGGACGAAUGUCGAAAGUUUCAAAUCUCUGUUGUUUUAGCCUUUCUAAGCUGGAUAACCAUAGCCAUUUCAGCUCUGAUCAUGCUCUGGAUAUUGGCUGCAGGUUGAAGAUGACUUCAGCCACGUAAUUUCGUGUAGUUUUCGUACAUCUGUCUAAUCUUUCUUCAUUGUUCUACAAUGCAAAAGAAUGAAGACAUGAGAUAGAAUGAUGCUAAUGUGCAGUUUGUUAAAGAAUCGUGUUUUUUGUUGAUGAGACUUGAAAGAAAUAUAAGUAAAGUUGUAUUGCAGAUUUUUGAUAGAAUCUCCUCUCCAUUUGGGCUGUUUUGGUCGGCCAUUUGAAUGAAUAUUUCAGAAGUCUA